UCAGACAUCAAAUCGGAGACACAACCUCAGAAUCAUUCUUAUAAAUGCAUGGCAAGUUUCGUGUAGUCUUACUAAUUAAAGUAAAAAAAAAUCAUUGAUCAGGAAAAACCCUAAUAAGAUGAUGGUGUUGAACCGUUGACACGCCCUCAUGGAAGGUGGAGCCGACCAGCCACCCACCGGGCAACGUUGACCUUUCUUCUUAGAAAACCCUAAGGAAGAGAACGUCUUUUCCACACAUUUCUUUCUUCUGCAAACCCAAGAACACACGCACACACAAAAAAAAACCCAUAUUCGUGUCCUGCGGAAGUCCUCCUUGUAGCUUAUCAUUAUAAAUUUAUUCAAAUCUGAACAAAAGGAAGGGACGAAUUAAGUUUUGUUUCUGUCUCACCAGUUAACCCCAUAUCUCGUUUUUGAGGGAGACCAAUUUAGCAAAGCACUCACAGAGCAAGAGUUUUUUGAUUAAGGUGACAAAUCAGAGCUAAUAGAGCUGUGAUUUGGAAUCCCUUUUCAUUUGACUGCGUCUUAAACUAUGGGAAAACCAACCGGGAAGAAGAAGGAAUUGGAGCCACAAAAGCCUGGAAAUGCUAACAGUAAACCAAGCAAGCCCUGUGAUCGAAGCUCCAAAGCUUUCGAUGAGGACACUGCAAUCUUCAUUAACAUGUCUCAAGAGCUUAAAGAAGAAGGUAACAAGCUCUUCCAAAAACGCGACCAUGAAGGUGCGAUGUUGAAAUACGAAAAGGCACUUAAACUCCUCCCUAAAACACAUAUUGACGUUGCUCAUCUGCAUAGCAAUAUGGCUGCGUGUUAUAUGCAAAUGGGUCUUGGUGAAUACCCUCGAGCAAUCAAUGAAUGUAAUUUAGCUUUGGAGGUAUCACCAAGAUACAGUAAAGCUUUGUUGAAAAGAGCCAAGUGUUAUGAGGCCCUGAAUCGGUUGGAUUUGGCAUUUAGAGAUGUCAAUAUUGUAUUGAGUAUGGAACCCAAUAAUCUUAAUGCGUUAGAGAUAUUGGAGGAGGUGAAGAAAGUGAUGAGUGAGAAAGGUAUCGCUGUUGAUGAGAAGGAAAUAGGUGUUGCUAUUGUAGAACAGUCUGGUUCUUCUCGACUGCGUAAAGUGGUUAGGGAGAAGAUAAAGAAGAAGAAGAGUAAGAAGGUUGAGGAAAAGGCAGAGGUUAAGGUGGUUGUAGAAAAUAAAGUCAGUUCUGUUAAAAAUAAAACCAGUUCUGUUAAAGAUAAAGCCAGUUCUGUUAAAGAUAAACAAGUGAUCUCAAAGACCGUUGUUGAGGAAGCUAAGGUUGCCAAAAAACCUAUCAAAGAAGAAAAAGUGGUAACAAAGACUGUUAAGUUGGUGUUGGGGGAAGAUAUAAGGUGGGCACAGUUACCCGCCAAUUGUAGCAUGAAAUUAGUAAGGGAGAUUGUUAAGGAUCGGUUUCCUGGCUUGAAGGGUGUUCUUGUAAAGUAUAAGGAUCAAGAGGGUGAUUUGGUUACAAUAACUACUACAGAUGAGCUGAAGUUGGCUGAAUCUUCAGAUUAUUUGCAGGGUUCACUAAAAUUAUAUAUUGCUGAAGCCAAUCCUGAUCAAGAACCGAUUUAUGAAGGAAUAAGUGAUCAGGAGCUUGAAGCUAGCACAAAAUCAAGUAAUGGUUUUGAGAAUGGAGAUAUUGGAAAAGGUGAAGAAGUGGAAAAAGGUGUUACUUGUGUUGAGGACUGGAUUCUCCAGUUUGCACGACUGUUCAAGAACCAUGUUGGUUUUGAUUCUGAUUCCUACUUGGAUCUUCAUGAACUUGGUCUGAAAUUACACUCAGAGGCAAUGGAGGAUAUGGUAACAAGUGAUGAUGCCCAAGAGCUUUUUAACAUUGCUGCAGAUAAAUUCCAAGAGAUGACUGCCUUGGCGUUGUUUAAUUGGGGAAAUGUUCACAUGUCCAAGGCAAGGAAGCGAGUGACUUUUCCAGAAGAUACUUCAAGGGAUCAAAUUGUUGAGCAGAUUAAGGUUGCAUAUGAUUGGGCUCGAAAGGAGUAUAUGAAGGCAGAGAAGAAGUAUGAAGAAGCUGUGAAAAUAAAACCAGAUUUCUAUGAAGGUUUUCUUGCACUUGGACAGCAGCAGUUUGAGCAAGCAAAACUCUGUUGGUACUACUCUGUUGGGAGCAAUGUUGAAUUAGAAACUGAACCUUCGUCAGAGGUUCUUCAACUUUAUAACAAGGCUGAAGACAGUAUGGAGAGGGGAAUGCUGAUGUGGGAGGAGAUGCAGGAGCAGCGUCUGAAUGAACUCUCCAAAGCUGAUAAAUAUAAAGCCCAGUUGCAGAAGAUGGGAUUGGAUGAUUUUGUUAAAGAUAUUGCGCCCGAUGUAGCUGCAGAACAGGCUGCAAACAUGAAAUCGCAAAUAUACCUUUUAUGGGGUACCUUGUUGUAUGAGCGUUCUGUCGUGGAGUAUAAGCUUGGCCUCCCAACUUGGGAGGAAUGUUUAGAGGUUUCUGUUGAGAAAUUUGAACUUGCAGGAGCCUCUCCAACAGAUAUAGCCGUUAUGAUAAAGAAUCACUGCUCCAAUGAAAAUGCACUGGAAGGUCUUGGUUUCAAGAUUGACGAGAUUGUACAAGCAUGGAAUGAGAUGUAUGAUGCUCAGAGGUGGCAGUUUGGUGUUCCAUCUUUCAGGCUUGAACCAUUGUUUCGCCGCCGGGUUCCAAAGCUACAUUCCAUGUUGGAGCAUGCUUGAGUUUUGUUGAUCGGGUGUUCUUUACAGUUACCAAACAAAUUCUUCAGUUUUUCGUAGCUCAACUUUUGGAAGCCACGAAGUUGCUUACUGAGAUAGGUCUUUUUAUUCUAUGGACUGUUGUGUCUAUUGUUUGCUGUGGAAACAAAGAUUUGCUUAGUGUUGAUUUUGACUGAAACUUUGGUCGAUUGGAUUUUCAUUUUUUAUUUUGAGAGAUUUUUUAUUUUUUUGCCGAGUGAUUUGUUCACACAGUUUGAGAUAGUGAGCAGCAAAUAUAAGAUUGAAUUUAUUUUAUUUUUCUCCAAUGAAUAAGCAAACAAAGUUUUAUUCUGUUGGAAAGGUUUGUUGAUUGUUGUAGAUUCUCAUUGAGUCAUUCGUAAUUUGUUACGCAAUUGUUGGGAUUUGUAAGUCGACCAUAAAUUCUUCCAUAUAUACCCCACUAUUUUUAUAAUUAAUUCGUGUUCUUCUUCUUUUUUUA